AUGACGUAUAAUAUCGCCAUGGUCAGUGACUUCUUUUUCCCCCAGCCGGGGGGGAUUGAAAGUCACAUCUACCAACUGUCCACGAAACUCAUCGAUCGGGGACACAAGGUGAUCGUCAUCACCCACGCAUACAAAGGCCGUACCGGAGUCCGCUACCUCACCAAUGGCCUCAAGAUCUACCACGUCCCUUUCUUUGUCGUCCACCGCGAGGCCACCUUCCCCACCGUCUUUUCCUUCUUCCCUCUCUUUCGAAACAUCGUCAUUCGCGAGGAGAUCGAGAUUGUCCAUGGUCAUGCCAGUCUCAGUAGUUUCUGCCAUGAAGCCAUUCUCCAUGCGCGGACAAUGGGGCUACGAACUGUCUUCACGGACCACUCCCUCUUUGGAUUCGCCGAUGCAGCCUCGAUCUUAUCCAACAAGAUGCUGAAGUUCGCUCUGAGCGAUAUCGACCAUGUCAUUUGCGUCAGUCAUACCUGCAAGGAAAACACUGUCCUUCGAGCAUCCUUGGAUCCGUUGAUGGUCUCUGUCAUUCCGAAUGCCGUGGUGGCAGAGAACUUCUGUCCGCGUUCUUACACUCCCCGCGCAUUGGAUCACGUACCUGGCUCCCCAGCUGAUACUCGGCCCUCCCCCGCGCCCAUUGGACCAGACGACACGAUCACCAUUGUAGUGAUCUCUCGCCUGUUUUACAACAAGGGCACCGAUCUACUUGUCGCCGCUAUCCCGCGGAUUCUCGCCUCCAAUCCUAAUACCCGAUUCAUCAUUGCCGGUUCCGGUCCCAAAGCAAUCGACCUGGAGCAAAUGCUGGAACGCAAUGUUCUCCAAGACAAGGUCGAAAUGCUUGGAUCGGUCCGACACGAAGAAGUACGAAAUGUCAUGGUGCGCGGUCACAUCUACCUGCAUCCCAGCUUGACCGAAGCCUUCGGGACAGUUAUUGUCGAGGCCGCUAGCUGCGGGCUGUACGUGGUCUGCACGCGAGUCGGUGGUAUUCCAGAAGUGCUCCCCCAGCACAUGACGACCUUCGCCAAACCAGAAGAAGACGAUCUGGUGGUCGCAACCAGCAAGGCGAUCGCCGCCCUACGCUCGAACAAAGUCCGCACAGACCGGUUCCACGAUCAAGUGAAGAUGAUGUACUCUUGGCGCGACGUGGCCCAACGUACCGAACGCGUCUACCAGGGCAUCACCGGCGACAUAAGCGCCGAGGAUUUCUACGGCUAUUACCCCGGCCAGAGCUGGGACGGCAGCGGAGAUCGCGUGCGCAGUUUUGCGCUGAUCGACCGCCUGAAGCGCUAUUACGGCUGCGGUGUGUGGGCCGGCAAGCUGUUCUGUCUGUGUGUGGUGAUCGACUUUCUGAUCUACGUCUUCCUGGAAAUGUGGUUCCCGCGUGCCAACAUCGACAUUGCGCGCAGCUGGCCCAAGAAGCGGGCCGAGGGCCAACCUGGUCUUGACGCCGCUGCACAAUGA